ACCGUCGAUUAGUAACCCCCAUUUCAAGAUGGCUGCGCCCAUACGAAUUUUAUCCUUGAAAAUAUUUCAGCGUUUUUCAUCGACAAACACACAGUUGAGACUUUGUCAAGAUCCUUUGAAGUUUUUAUCAUUCAAUCAACGAAAAAGUUGUUUCAUUAGAUGUUUUACGUCGAAGUCUAAAGAAAACGUCUCGGUGGGUAAGAAGGAACACUGCAAUAUAGGAACUAUAGGGCAUGUUGAUCAUGGUAAAACGACUUUGACAGCGGCAUUAACAAAGGUCCUUGCUGAGAAUAAUCCAGGAACAAAAUUCUGUGAUUAUUCAGCUAUAGACAGAGCAGCCGAGGAGAGGAGACGAGGUAUUACUAUAUAUGCUACACAUGUGUCAUAUGAAACAGCCGCCAGACAUUAUGCACACACAGAUUGUCCUGGUCACAUAGACUUCAUAAAGAAUAUGAUUACAGGAACAUCACAAAUGGAUGGUGCUAUUCUAGUGGUUGCUGCAACUGAUGGUACAAUGCCACAGACCAGGGAGCAUUUACUACUGGCCCGUCAGAUUGGUCUUAAGAAAGUGGUUGUAUUUAUUAACAAAGCUGAUGUAGUUGAUGAUGAAAUGUUAGAACUGGUUGAACUUGAAGUAAGAGAUCUACUAAGAGAGUUUGGCUAUGACUCUGAAGGAACUCCAGUUAUUGCUGGCUCAGCCUUAGAUGCUUUGAAAGGCAAUAAUACAAAGUUUGGAAAAGAAACCAUAAUGAAGCUAGCAAACACUAUUGACACCUAUAUUGAUGUUCCUAAAAGAGAUUUUGAGGCACCGUUUCUGUUGCCUGUAGAAUCUUCAGUAACUGUACCAGGUAGGGGUACAGUUUUAAUUGGUACCCUUACGUGUGGUGUGCUGAAAAAAGGUCAAGAUGCACAUUUAUUGGGAUACAAUAAUUUUUUUAAGACAACAGUUUCAGAUUUGCAAGUCUUUAACAAAUCUGUUCAAGAAUGUAAAGCAGGAGAUAAUGUUGGAGUUUUAGUUCGUGGAAUAAAAAAUGAUUUCAUCAAACGUGGGAUGGCAUUAUGUGCACCAGACUCCCAAAUCCAGUCAAACUUUUUUGAAGCUCAAAUUUAUGUUUUGAUGAAAAAUGAAGGUGGACGAAGUAAACCAUUAAUGAAUAACUAUAAACAAAAUAUGUUUUCAUCAAUCUGGAGCAUUGAGGCAAUGGUUCUGUUGUUACCUGACACUGAAAUGAUUAUGCCUGGCGAAACAGCUAAGAUUAAUGUAUUAUUGAGGAAAUCAAUGGUUAUUCGGGAAGGACAAAAGUUUACAAUUCGUGAAAAUUAUCUUACAACAAUUUCUGGUAUUGUGACUCAAGUUCUUCCAAAAUCAAAUUUAGAAGUAAAAGGUUUCAACUACAAACCACCUCAGACAAUGAAAAUUGAAAGUGGAAGCAGAGUUGUUCAAGCUAGAAGAAAAAAAUAACUAACAGAAACUGUUACUGGAAAAAAGCAAAAAAAUUUACUGACCAAUAGAUAUCAUCAUAUGUAAUGAUAAUGAAAUUGAAGUUUUCAUGUUUGAAUACUGAUUGGUGAAUAAAUCAAAUGUACUGCAUUA